AUGAGUUCAACCACCUACAGCACAGGACCCACAGAGUUCACGGAGGCAGAGCUGGAGUACUGCCCCAUGAUUUCAGGUAUGCAUGAGGACACUGAAAAUAAUGGCGAGCAGCCAGAGGAAAAUAAGAGCUUUAGGAAGUUUACUAUUUUCACAGUGGAAGGAAAUGAGCAUCCACAAAAGAGGUCAUCUGCUAGCAUCCCAGUCUUUCACUUCGUCCUUAAGCCCCUACUAGUUGUCAGGCUCUUCACAGCGGACCUAUCCUGCUCGGGCAGAGCAGUGCCGUGGCAGGAUGGGCACGGGCUCAAGGACGGCCGUUCGGGCCGCGGCGGUCACGGCUCCCGCCGGUGGGUCACUUACCGCUCGGCUCGGCUCGGCUCGGCCGCGCUCGCUGCCCGGAGUGAGGCCGGACGGAGCCCGGCCUGGCGGAGCGGGGCGGCCCAGCCGCGGGGCGGCCCUGCCCUCUGCGGGGGCCCGGCGGUACUGCCGGCCUCCCGCCGCACCUGCGGCCGCGCUGCUGCUGCCGCGGGGCCGGCCGGGCACCUGCGGCCGCCUUCUUCGCCAGGCACGGGCGGGACCGCCACGGAGCGGGGCGCGGCAGGCAGCGCACCUGCAGCUCCCGGCCCGCAAUCGAGCGGCCCCAGCUCUCCGCCCCGGACAGCGCAGGCGGCGGGCGGCCAGCGGCGGGAGGGCACCCGUGCCUGCUCCCGGGCUUGUCAGCCCAUCCUCCCGGCCGCCUGCCCCGCCGUGCAGGGAGCACGCUGUGCUCCGGCGGCCCCGGGAGAGGUGGGCGGCAGCACCCGAGAGCCAGGUCUGCUGCCACCUCCACGGCCGCGGCCCGAGUGUCUCAUGCCGAAAAGCUGA